AUGGGUGACUGGGGCCCCGUGCUGAUCGCGACGCUCUUCUUCGUGCUCCUCACGCCGGGGCUGCUCUGCCAGAUCCCCGGCAGCGGCCGGGGCGUCCCGGAGUUCCACAGCAUGCGCACCAGCGGCUUCGCCAUCUUCGUCCACACCCUCCUCUUCUUCGGCUUCUGCGCCAUCUUCAUGGUCGCCGUCGGGGUCCACCUCUACGCCGGCUAG